AUGCAUGAUGGAGGUUGGCGUGAAUGUCAAGAUGUUGCUAUUGCACCAUUAUCUGAAUUUAAUGAGGAUCCAAAAUGGUUAUCACAUUUGAUCAUUAAUAUUCAACCGGAUAAAUUAGUUUCAUUUAUUAUCAAAGGAAACAUACUUGUUAAAGGUGAAUGUGGAAGAUCUUAUGCAAUACGUGAACGAAUGCAUCGAAGUUUACCACAACCACUCAAACUUAAAAUUGUUGUAACUGAUAGUUUUAAUAAACAAUGUUCAUUAAUUGUUGAACAAUUAAAUCAACCACUUGAACUUCCUACAAUUGAAUCAUUUAAACAAAAUACAAUAGGAUAUCAAGAUUUAUUUCAUUUUGUUUAUGCUGAUGAUUGUGAUAGUGAUGAGAGAUUAUAUAUAUGGAUGGAUUUAGGAAAAAAUAAGACGUUAACAAUUAGAAAUUCAAAUUUAAAUUCUACAUCAUUAGAACGAAAAACAUUACUUGCAAUGGAAUUUAAUGCUAGAAAAAAUAAAAUUACUGAAAGUGAGUUACCAAGUGUUUCCGAAAAAAAUGAUUCAGACGAAAUUAAAGCAACUGUUCUGUACGAUCCAUUAACUUAUAUGAGUUAUGCAAUUCGAUUUGAAAUAUCAACAAAAACAUCAAAAGCUGAAGAAACUGUACUUAUUCCUAUAGAAAACAUGUUAUCGGAAUAA